CCGAGGAUGUGGACAGAAAGGGACAGACCAGAGCCAGACCACCAGAAGCAAUUCCAUGCUGCCGUUAGUGUCAUCCAGAGUCUACCCAAGAAUGGUUCUUAUCGGCCAUCCUAUGAAGAGAUGUUGCGUUUCUAUAGUUACUACAAGCAGGCCACCCAGGGCCCCUGUCACAUGCCCAGGCCCGGCUUCUGGGACCCCAUCGGGCGCUAUAAAUGGGAUGCCUGGCACAGACUGGGCAGGAUGAGCCAGAAGGAGGCAAUGGCAGCUUAUAUCACCGAGAUGAAGGUGGUGGCCCAGAAGGUGAUAGACACGGUUCCUUUGAGUGAGGUGGAUGAUGGCAUGUUUAACUACUUUGUACCUUUGUACGAGAUGAUCCCUGACAUGCCUCAGCCCCCAGAGGUCUUCUUGAAGAAACUCACAGCUUGGAAGGAAAAGAUACCAAAUGGGGACAUGAAAAUGGCCUUUGACCCCCUGCCACCUCCUGAAGAGCCGGCCCCCCAGACUUCAGCCCUUCUCCCUCCCCUCCCAGGAGCACAGCUACCCAGGGUUCCCAGCAUCCACGGGAGAGCCUCCAUGGACCUGGACACUGAGAUUUUCUGUGACUCCCUGGAACAGCUGGAGCCUGAGCAGGGCGAGUGGCUGCAAGAGGAGCUGAAGGAAAGCCUGGUGGGAGAGCCCGACGUCAGCAGUGACCACUUGCUUUCAAGAGAGCGAGAAAUGUUGAGGACUCCCCAGGGUCCCCGGGAGUUUGAAGCAUGGCUGGCCAGUACAGUGCAAGCCCUGCAGGAGAGCAUGCAGGAUGUCCAGGGGAGGUUACGGUGCUUAGAGAGCCUGCCCCGACCUGCCAAGAGCCCCCAGCCCCAGCAGGGGCCCUGGGCCUUGGAGCUCUCUACCCCCACACUCCUCCUCCUCCUCCUGUGGCCUUUUGUGGUUCAGUGGAUCUACCGACAGUUCCGAAGGCAGAAGAGGUGACUGGCCCCUGGCCACUGCCGGGGCUGCUGCUGCUGCUGCCCACCACCACUGCUGCCACCGCCUAAGGAGACAGAGCAGAGGGGGGAGGAAAGUACCUCCUCAUCCCUAGCCCCCCAGGCUCCCACUGUGCACCCGAGCUGCCCUGGGGAAGCAGGGAGGGCCCGGACUCACCUGUCAAAUGAGAGGGUCAGACUAGGGGCUCUUGGGGGUCCUUUCUGCCCUUUAAUAUUCUUCAGUCCAUGAGCUAUGGCACUAACUAGUUGUGUGACUCUGGGUAAGUCCUUUCCUUCCCCUGGGCCUCAGUCUUUUCACCUGUAAAAUGACGGUGUCACUGGCUCUGAGGGGCUUUCCAUAGUUCUGGAAUUCCAUGCCCAAUCAGUAUUUCCUCUACCAGUGGGUGCUGGUAUAGAAUACCUCCAGGCCUGGAUGGCCCCUUCCCCUCCUGGAGGGGAUAAAUGCCUCCGUUUCCCUGGAGCCCCUUGGUGAUUCUGGGUGCGCACCAAUCGGGACCCCCCCACCACCACCACCACUUCGCCAUCGCUGCAUUUCUCCCGCCCACUUUCCCACUGAGCCCCCUCCCCCACUCCCUCGGGCCACCUGACUUCCUUCCCCUCCCCACCCCCAACCCUGGCCCUCCCUGAGGUACCUUAGCUCAGGCAAGUUGAGGCAGCCGCCUGGGCGUCUAUUCUAUCCGGAAGAAAUGGAUUCGAGCUGGUGUAGGAGACUCCCUGAGGAGCCCUAUACACAGCUAAUCUGUCCAGGGGGUGGGGGGGGCGCCCGGCUAGUCCUUGGUCCCGAUUGCCCUCUGCCCUUGGGAUUGACACUCAGGUUCUCCCCCCAAGAUUCUUAAGUAUGAAAAUAAAGGAAACUUUCAGCUUC